CUCAGCGGGGAGCCUCACCCUUGUCUGUCCGGGAACCGAGGCAGGGAGUGGCGCCUGCCCGGGCCGUGAAGUGGUCGCCGCAGAUUUGCUCGCGCCUGUUCCCUUUCUUCCCACCAGCUCGCCGUGGCCGCUGACUUUUAAAUCUGACCCCGGGACCCGGUCGGUGCGACCUGGCCUCUGGACCCUAGAGGCGAGUGGGAAAGCGAAAGCUCUCGGCUGCAGAAAGGCGCCGCCCCGGGGCCGCCUAAGUUUCGAUUCUCGCGGAGCGCGUUCGGCGCGCCAUGGCGGACCCGACGGUCUGCUGCUUCGUCACCAAGAUCCUGUGCGCCCACGGCGGCCGCCUCAGCUUGGACGCGCUGCUCGAAAAGAUCGAGCUCUCCGAGGCGCAGCUCCUGGAAGUGCUCAAGGAAGCCGGGCCCGACCGCUUCGUGGUGCUCGAGACCGGGGGGAGGGCCGGCGUCACCCGCUCGGUGGUGGCAACCACUCGAGCCCGCGUCUGCCGUCGCAAGUUCUGCGAGAGAAGUUCUUGCGACAAUCUGCACCUCUGCAAGCUCAACCUGCUGGGCCGGUGCCACUAUUCGCAGUCGGAGCGGAACUUAUGCAAAUAUUCUCAUGAUGUUCUCUCAGAAAAAAAUUUCCAAGUCCUGAAAAAUCAUGAACUCUCUGGACUAAACCAAGAGCAACUAGCGGUGCUGCUUCUCCAAAGUGACCCAUUUUUUAUGCCCGAGAUAUGCAAAAGUUACAAAGGAGAGGGUCGAAAACAGAUCUGUAACCAGCAGCCACCAUGUGAAAGACUCCACAUCUGUGAACACUUCACUCGGGGGAACUGUAGUUACCCCAACUGCCUCAGAUCCCACAACCUGAUGGACAGAAAGGUGCUGGCCAUCAUGAGAGAUCAUGGACUGAGCCCAGCUGUGGUCCAGAACAUCCAGGAUAUCUGCAACAAUAAGCAUAUGCGGAGGAACCCUCCUGGGUCCAAAACUCCUGUGCACCGUAGAGCUAGGGCAGCUAGAGGGAGAAGCAAGAGUAGAGACCGAGUCUCUCAGGACAUCAAGGAGUUCCUUCCUUCUGCCUCAGCUCACAAGUCAGGCACUCCCAGUCCGGAUGGCACUGACAGUAGGGCCUCCCUGGAGGACGACCCUAUGGAUGACCUCAUCCACAAGUUCGAGUUUCUGGAGACUCCAGAUUGCACCCAGCCUUCCUCAGUCUCAUCUAAGGCUGCUGGUCUUGGAAGACCAGGUCAAGUGGGAACAAGCCAGAGAUUCUUAGAGAAUGGCAUUCCAGAUGGCCUCUUUCAUAGCAAUCAAAGCCAUCUUGCCUCUAAUUCAACACCAGCCUCUAACCAGAAGGGCUCCCCAUCCUGGCUGAAUGCUCAAGGCACUGGGAAGGAGAGUGAGUUUUUUCCAAGUCAAGCUGUCCCUAGUUUUCCUCUUGAUUCUACACAAACACUCAAAGCCUUAAACUCCAGAAAGGUGGUGGGAAUGCUUUCAUCAGACCACAUGAAUGUCAAGGAUAAGAGUGGAUCUCAAGACAUCCAGCGAAUCCCUAUUUUCAGUAGGAAUGCUGAUGGAGUGGCCAUGAACAUGAAUUUUGGAAAGACAGCCCAGAGAGAAAUGGCACUAUCAAGUUAUCAGGACAGCAGAGCCACUCCCCGGGAUCUCCACAUUGGCAGCAUUGCCAGUGAUGAUGCUAGAGUGGCAUUUCUGAAUGAUUCCAUAUCUGAUAUUACAAAUACCACAUCUAGGAUGGGUAAUCUUGGCCCAGAGGGAAUUUGUGUCGAUUAUCUGCAUAACCGUUGUCAGCCUAACAGUGACUGCAGCAAAAUCCACUUUCCCCUGCCCUACCGGUGGCAGGUGUUGAUGUCGCACACCUGGAAGGACUUGGAGGACAUGGAGAAGAUUGAGAAGGCCUAUUGUAACCCCAGGAGCCAUGUCCUUUCGAUAGAAAAUCACAUACUUGAUUUCCAGAAAAUGACUUAUGCUCUUAAGCCCAUUCGACGCAUCUCCUCCCCUUCAUCUGGCAUGAACCAGGCCAGUACUGUCUUCACCACCAAAUGGAUUUGGUAUUGGGAGAAUGAAUCUGGUGAAUGGAUCCAGUAUGGAAAAGGGAGCAACAACCAGCCAGGUUCCAACAUUGACUCUUCCUACCUGGAGUCUUUCUUUCAGAAGUGUCCCAGGGGAGUUGUGCCAUUUCAGGCAGGUACUAGGAACUACGAGCUGAGUUUCCAAGGGAUGAUUCAGACAAACAUAGCUUCCAAGACUCAGAAGAAUGUUGUCCGAAGGCCAGAAUUUGUUUCUGCGCGGGAUGUGGAGCAGAUGAGAAGGGGGCCAGAUCCUCAGCGGGUGCAGUUCUCUGCUUCCAGUCCUCAGCCUGUGCACACCCCACCAGAGGCUGUUGGCUCAACAUUUGUUCCUCAGUGGGAUGUCCUCUCUCCCACUUCAAGUGGAUACAAGUUGCUAGAUCUCGAUAACCAGUCUUUGGAAUAUGCCACCAUAAGGGAUAAUUUCAAAGAGUCCAUGAAAAAUUUCAAGAUCGAAAAGAUAAAGAAGAUCCAUAAUCCAGAGCUCUUGAAUUCUUUUGAAAGGAGGCGACUGAACAUGACAGAGAAAAGGGAAAGACUCCUAUUUUAUGCAACAAGCCGCACCCACGUGGAUUCUAUCUGUGCAAAUAAUUUUAUGUGGAACUUACAUGGAACUCACGAAAACAAAUAUGGAAAAGGAAAUCACUUCUCAAAGGAUGCCAUCUAUUCCCACAAAAAUUGCCUAUAUGAUGCCAGAAACAUCGUUAUGUUCGUAGCCCGAGUCUUGGCAGGAGAUUUUAUUGAGGGAAAUAUGACGUUCGUGAGCCCUCCUCCGCCGUACAACAGCUGUGUGGAUACAAUGCUCAAUCCCUCUGUUUUUGUCAUCUUCCGCAAUGAUCAGGUUUACCCAGCAUACUUGAUUGAAUAUAGUGAGCCAGACAGAGAGAAGGCCUGUGUGAUUAGCUAGAGAGGAUAAAGGCGGCAUCAUCUGGGAUGCCAUAACCAUUCUGCUCACAUAGAGGACCAAAUCGCCCUAGAUAAUGGUUAGACUUUUCUAUUUUCUCUCUAAGUUACCUAGUGUCUUAAAUCAAUAAUUCUCAAACUUUGCUGUACAACAAUUCCAAUGCUGCAGUUGUACACCUUCCUAGUUAAAUCACUCCUUGGGUGAAAGCCAAGCAGUAGUAUUUUUUAAAAGCUCUCUUAAUGACUUCAGUGUGUUGGAAUGUUUGCACUGUCUUGGCUGUAACUGAUCGAGGCCGGUUUCUAAAUUUUGCAUACUUAUGCUAACCAUUUUCUCUCAUUUACUCUUUGAGUUUACUGAGUAAAAUGGUUUUGUUUAAGUUCAAUUUAAAAAAAAUCAAUUUGGAAAGUUUGAGAGUAAACUAAUAAUGCCUAUUGAAAUGGGAACAAGAGGUGGUCCCGCCUUGGGUGGGAAAUUGUGAAAAGCUGGGGAAAAAGUGUGUAGGCACACGCUAAGCUGAAAAGUCGAAAGGCUGACUGUCAAUGCUGUUGUAGCCAUCACUUCAGCACUGUAUCUCACCAUGCGAAGAGGUCGAUUUGGGAGCUCAUCUCUAUUUCCACACUUCUUUACGAGACAGACUCCAAAGGGUUGGCUCUUUUUGUAUUGCAGUCAUAAGAGCCACCAAGUAUGACUCAGGCCACCAACUGGAGUUAAUUGUGCAUUUGGGUUCUUUAGAUAAUUAUGGCAAAAUAGACAUUUAUAUUCUAAUUAAUCUAAUGACAGAGAAAGCUUUUUUUUUCUUCUAGGUCAGGGUUUCAGGAAAGUGUCUGUGUUUUAGGAGAAAUGAGUUGUAGUAGCCAGAAUCAUAUAAGCAUAAAUUCAAGUGCUAUAGUGGUCGUUUGCAUGGUAGAUGAGGCUUGCUAAGAAAUUAGCGGCAAGGCUGUCUCUACAGGAGGAUGGGCCUCCUAUGGAGGAGAGAUUUGCUUUCCGGUGAGCACAGAAUCAGAACAAAGGGAACAGUGUCCCAAAUAGGCCUCGUGCCUGCCAGGGACUUAUUUGUGUAAAUACAAUGGACUUUGUGGAAUUGUCAUAGUUUUUAAAGCUACUAUAGUGCCUGAACCAAUAUUUCCUUCCUUAUUGUGAAUUAGGUUUUUCCUUCCAGUUUUCCUCUUUCUACCUUCCAAACUAUUGCCAAAAUUUCCUACUAGAGUUCCUUCUAGUAGACAUGUUACAAAUAAUUAAUUGGCAUUACAGUUGAUUUUAUAUUAGUCAGAUUUUAGGUCAGUACAAAAAGCUUCACAGUUCUCCAUCAGUAACAAAUGUAGACUUUUUUUUUUUUUUUUGGUACCGGUGAUUGAACUCGGGUCCUUGUGCAUGCAAGGCAGGCAGUGGAACUACUGAGCUAAAUCCCCGGCCCUAAAUGUAGACUUUUUAAAAAAGAGUAUAGUUAUUUUCUGGGAGCUUACCACAAAUGAUUCUUCUUAUUCAUUUUUUUUCUCCUAGUAGUUUCCAUUUUUUGUCUUUGAUCCUUGCACUGUAGAGGUAUAAUGUACACAGCUGUUUCUGGCUGACCAGGAGGCACCUCUAGUUGGAUAUUUCCCAGGCAUCUGUGGUCCAAAAUGGAGAUCUCUAUUUGCCUCCCUCAAAGGAACCCAUCCUCCCCUGAGUAAAUACUAUCCCUGGAUCCAUUCUGCUCAAGCAGAACUGCAGAGUCACCCUUACUUCUUGCUUUCCUCUUCAUAUACAUUUAAGUUGCUCCCAAGUCCAGUUUUGCUUCUUACAUAUCUUUUUGUCCCCUUCUAAUCUGUUUUCCACUUAAUGGCAGUUUAUAAUUUUACUUAAUGGGGUUGUGAACCCAACCCAAGAUCACAUCUUUUGGAUAAAGUUCAAAACCAUGAUCAUAGCCCCAAAAUGAUCUUUCCCUUCCCGACCCCUCUGUCAUUUAUUUUCUUCUGCACAAUGCACUCUUAACUUCCUGGCAUUUCUUGGUACCCUUCCUACCUACCUAGUUCAGUGGUUCUCAGGGUGUCUGCCUUUUAAAAAAAUAACAAAUACUUUGCAAGAUAUACUUUAUUAUCCUCAAAAUGCAAUUGAAAGGUAAUAUGCUUUACCUACACAUGAUUCUAAGAGUAAAUUAAAAAUUAAAACAAACUAAUAUUAACAUAAAAGGGAAAUAAAAGGUACAUAACUUGGGCACAAUAUUACAGUACUAUUAAGCAUGAAGAAGCCAUAUGCUUAUACCUACUUAUGAUGAAUGUGAACUUGAAAGUAGAUCAGAAGUUAUUAUUUAAAGAAGCAUAGGAAAAUGAAUAAAACGGGGGAAUGAGUGGACAUUAGAAGAUAGACUAGUGAUACAACCACUUACUUGCAUAUGAUGAUAAUGUGUAUAUAGGAGAAAGAACGAAAUAACCUUCAUGGAAAUACAGAUAUUAUGUAAGAAAAUGUCGAAACAAAAUUAGGGAAUAUAUUCUUGCAGACGAGCUGUGUGUCUUACAUGAAUGUCAGGUGAGACAUUCAAAAUUCGUAUAGGGCGCAGAAUAAUUUCUUAUUGUUAGAAGCUGUCCAGUGUAUUGCAGAGCAUUCAGUAUAUCUGGCUCUCACAUGCUAAAUGCUAGUAGCGCCCCCGCCCUCAGCCCCAACACAGCAGCCAAAACCUUACAGGCCUAGUCAUCCUUUUCAGAGCAGAUAUUUUGUAGUAUCAUCCCCUUUCUGUCCUGAGAUGAUUCAUAGAUAAUAUCAUCUACUUACAUAAAGGAAUUUCUUUAAAAAUUAAUUGAAUGCUCUAAUCCUGUUGUAGUAGAGGCAAACUUUGUAAUGAAAAUAAAA